CUAAGGCACAACCACUACCUUGAGCCGUGCUUGUGCGACUGUUCCGAAGGAUGCGCGCCAUGUAUGCCAAUUUCGAGCUCUGUAGCGCCGUGUGAGACGCCUUCUCAAAUGACGGCAGUGUUAGCUGCUUUUCAUAGUAUCAUGGCAGCUAGUAGCUAUUUCAAGGGGAAACGGACGACGCGCUCGGGGGCGGAGCUUCCGGUCAGCUCAUGCGUCGCGCGGUUGCUGGUUCUGGCGCUGGCGCUGGCGCUGCCAUAUGCAGGAGCGCAGCUGGUCACCCCCUCGUUGGGCAACGGCACGUCACCGCCAGGCCGCACAGUGCAGAUGCUCUGCAACAUCAACGGGCGCAGCUCCUUCGUCAUCAACAUCUACGGGUCGUACGACAGCCGCAUAGUGAACAGUCUGGGGGUAACAUGCUCGGACGGCAACUUCUUCGACGCCGGUGAACCUUUCGGUGAUUUCACGUUCAGUGUGACAGACACGCGUGGCUUUUACAGCGCGCGGUCUGAAAAGGGCUUUGCCGAGCCUGUGCGGCUGGGCUUCCGGAACAGCACCGGGGUCUGGUACAACGGGCCAACUGGCAAGCCCAUUGGAGCGCCGUCGGGCGCAGCUGCAAGAACAUACGACACUCCUGCUUGCAAGAACCCUGGCCAGGUCAUCGCCGGUUUCACGGUUGUUUCGGGCCAACCAGUGUCUGUGCCUCAGUUCCUGAACGCCAUAAUUCGGAUAGACGUGGUCUGCAUUAACACCGCCGGGCUUUCGCCAACAGUGCCCCUAUCACCACCGCCCCCGCCCGAUCUGGGACCGCCCGAUCUGCCGCCGCCGCCUCCACCGCCGCCCCCACCGCCGCGGCCCGAGGUGCCGAGCCCGCCUGUAGAGGGUCCAUCUCCGCCACCACCACCCCCGCCUCCACCGCCGCCGCCUGAGCCGCCGCCACCCAGCCCGCCGCCUCGUCCGCCGCCUCCCAACCCUCGGCCGCCGCCCAACCCUCGUCCCUCGCCACCCCCAAAACCUCCGGGUCCUUCGCCGCCGCCGCCGCGCCCGCCGCCGCGCAAUCCACGUGAGCCGCGUGCGCCACCGCCCGACAAGCCGCCCCCCAAGGCGCCACGUGAGCCGCGGAUGCCCCCUCCUGACAAACCGCCUCCAUUGUUGCCCAAUGAGCCAAGCCUGCCACCUGGAACCAGACGCAGCCCGCCGCUGCGCCCGCCACCACCGCUGCGCCCGCCUCCUCCUAUGCAGCCCCCGUCGCCCCCUCUGGCGCCGGUCUCGCCGCCUCCGCAGUCGCCGUCGCCGCCGCCGCCCUCGCCGCCGCCUGCGCUGGAGCCCGCCUCCGCGCCUCCGCUUGCCAGCUCCUCACCACCGGCAGCCUCUCCCCAGCCUUCCCCGGAGCCCUCCCCGGAGCCCUCGCGCGAGCCUUCGCCGGACCCCUCGCCGGCGAACUCUCCCUCGCCCACCGCAUCUCCGCCACUCGGAAGCAGCUCCCCUUCCGCGGCACGCUCUCCAGAGCCGCAGCCAUCUCCGCAGCUUGAGCCUGCGCCUGCUGUGACAGGUCCGCCGCCGGUCAAGUCAAGCAAGAAGCUGCCGCCGCCUACCCGCGCACACCCGCCGCCGCGUAAGCGCUUCAACCGGCCGCCAAACAUGAUCAACAUUGGCAAGGGCCGGCGGCGGUCUGAGUAGAAGCCGGUGUGUAGCAUGGAGUGAAGCACAGCGCUGCUGGAGAAUGUGCUCACCGUGUGCAAAUGACUGUGGGGCUCGCACUCUCUGCGGUGUGAAACCAGGCCACGUGCGCAUUCCGCGUGAUUUCAUUUCUGCGAGCUUGAUUGUUGAUGCGCAUUAUUCACAUCCGCAGCGUAGUUCGUGUCAGAAACGAAGUCAGUGGCUACGAUGACUGCGGCAGUAAUGGACUAAUGGUUGGGCAGACCCAGCAGAGGCCAGUGUGGAAAGAGACAAAACGACAUAGGCAUUCAUCAUUCUUGGAUUACGGUGCUAUAAUCUGCUCAGCGUGCUGCGUGCGCAUUCAUUGAUGCGGCGUGCUAGACGGAAUGGUGUUAUGGUGGACUGGUGGUAGGCCGGACUGCGCAGGGGAGGAAAUGCUGCUGGCCCGUGCGUGGACAUGCCCGGUGUGCCUCAGGGGUUCGCCUGGUGUGCCUCGAGCGAGAUUGACGGGUGCCGGGACGUGACGUUGCCUCUUGGAGAGAAGGCAGCAAGUGACCUCUAGGCGCUAGCGACAUUCUAGCUGGCAAAACUUGAAACGCCCGGUGGCCUUGUGCUUUCUGUAAGGGUAGCAUAGA